GUGGGAGUAUGAGGCAGUUAAAGAAAGAAAAAUUUUUGUUCCUAAAUAUCGUUUCCCGAGUUCACGAGUUCCUGUUGAUCACGUUAUAGCUGAAAGUCCUUCUUUGUUUUUGAACUAUUGGAGUGAUUCAGUUUUUUCAUUAUUUCG